UACAGGUUGGAGUCGUGGAGGUUGGUCCGUGUCAUUCCGCGCGUGAUACUGCUUGCGUUCGAGCACACAGCAUCGCACCCUCAGCUCCCAGGACAACGCGUCAGGACGACAUCCUUGGCGUACGCCGGGUUCUCGUGACCCGCAUUUGUUGUUGCAGAACGGGCGACGCGUCUACCCCGUCUGGAUUGUUUGUGGUGGUUAUCCGUUUGUUUGUAUUGUUAUAGUGGGUGUUUGUUUACCGGGGGGCGGUGGUAACAUUCGUUUGCUGGUUCUGUGGCACCGUCAACGGGUUUGUGUCGCAUAUCGACAAAGAGAAGCGAGUUAUGUUGAUGUAAGCAACAUCCAACUAGACGCUCGCGAUCUCGUUUACCUAGAUGGCUCCGGUUUCAUUCUGUUGGGAGUGUGCCGUAUCAACCAGAAGACAUGUCUGAGAAGCAGGAAUCCAGGGCCGAACGCGUGGCACGCUACAAGGAAGAGCGCAGGCGCCAACUGGCCGCGCAGUACGGCACCCACGAGGACACCCCCAUAGCCACCAGGACGCGCAGCAAGGACACCGCGUCCAGCAGCUCCGAGGGGCCGCGGCCCACCAGGGCGUCAAAGCUCAGGGCGGCCGCCCUCUCGGGGCAGGACGUCGCCCCCCAGGGCCGGGGGUUGAAGGUCAGCAAUUCGGAGAAAUCUCCCACAUCUUCGCUAAACGGAAAUGAGCCGAGAUCGCUAGGAAGCCGGUGUGUGGAACGCGACAAGAGCAGCAAACGGAAGUCCAACCUAAAUCGUUCACUAACCUCGGAAGAAGUUCCUCCAGCGGACUUCAGUGAUGAUCCAAAGAACCGUAGACGCCGGCGUCGUUUCUUCCCGCCAGAGGUAUUAGAACAGUCCAAGGACUCCGGCGAUGACAAAACCCGAAGUGAUAUGACCCUCACUGCCUCUUAUAUAUCUCAGCCAUCUACAUCACCGAUCACUGCCUCGUCUCCGACGUCUAAAACCACUCCCAAGAAGUCCGACUUGCGUGUUCACAUGGAGAACGCCCGGAAAGGCGCCAGUCCCGCUUUCUCCGAAAUGGGAAGAUACAAGCCCUUCGCCAAACGCUCUGUCACCUCCAGCCCAAAGGAGAAGCCGUCAUCCCCCAGAACGCUCAACCCCCCAUCGCUAGAAAAUCUGUCUUCUAAAUUGCCGAUCAAGGAAAAUACAAGGAACCGGGAACCUUUGAAGGUUAGCUCAAUAUCAGACAACGACGAGAACCGCAGUAAGAACAUAGCGAAGAGAAUGGAAGAGCUGACAGCUUUCACCAGGCAGACCCUCGCCAGAGUCGAGCGUUUGGCGAACAAGAACCGGGAAUCUCCCAAGAAAGAACUGAGAAAACCCCUUAUUAGGCAGAUAGACAGGCCGAGUAGUAGAUCGAAUAGAAAAUCGCCGUCUCUAGAAAAGUCGGUGCCGUCCUCGAUACUAAAGAAGAAGUCUGCCGACGAACCGUUGCCCAUUAUCAUAGAGCCGGCAACUCCCCUUACGAUUUCCUCAGCUGGGCCCGUUUCUAUAUUGAAGAGAAAGGUGUCCCAGAAUGACCACAGUAAACUAGAGGACGGUCUGCAUUCCUCCACGCCGCCAGUCACUUUCUCUCCGAGCGUGGUGGAGCCGACUUCGACCAAACGCAAACAGGGUAUUUUGAAAAAACGAAGAAGCCUCGAUGAAUCCACCGUCAUGAGGCACCGCAGUUGCAGCCCCGACGUGGCCAACAAAACCGACUCUCGCUCCAUUUUGAAGAACCGGCGUAGGUCUUCCCUUGAAGAACUCACGAGAACGCAGUCUCCUGAAACGCCACUGCAAGGCAUAUUGAAGAGGAAGACCUCGAGGAACGAGGACGAGGAUCUCUCCUUGAACUCACCACAGAGCAUUUUGAAAAGGCGUUCGGGUGCCAGCAGCGCUGGCUCAACCGGUAGUACACCGCACGUGUCAAUUACCACCGCCGUCAUAUUAGCAGCGGCCGGCGGUGCGGAAAUGGUUUUGGAAUCGGACGGUGAACCUGUCAAGCCUAUACUGAAGAAGAAAAGCUUUUCCGAGGACCAUUCCUUCUACAGCGAGAGCUCAUCAGAGACCCCUAAACCUAUACUGAAGAAGAAAUCGAGUACAGAAACCGACGACUCCGAGGAGAAACCCAAGCCUAUCCUUAAGUUACCCAAGAGUUCUUUGGAGAGAGAAAUUCUAGACACAGGCCAAGAGCCCAGACCGAGCGCUUUCAAGCACGUCGAGACUGAAUGCGAAGUUAGGCCAAUCCUCAAGCAAUCCUUUCCUAGAGAGGAAUCUCCCAGACCAAGACUGUCUUUCUGCGGAGGGCGCAACUCGAAUGACGAGGAAACUUAUAGAUACAAGCCCUCCAGAAGAUCCCAUACGAUCUGUACCGAUUUCAACGUUGCUUCUUUGCAAAUAGACACCAAGGAGGAGGAUAGACUUCUACGUAAACCUAGGCCCCUGUCCGUUCACGAGUUGGUGAUGUCUUUCGAGAAGACGUCGACGGGGGCCAUUCCCAAGAGGACCAGCUUGAAGAGGAACAGCGACAGGUAUCGCACGCAACCCGUCACAUCAAACGAAUUGGAAGCUAGCUUAAAUCUGGUGAAAAGCCCUCCAACGUUCUCCGAAGACCAGAGCAGCCACAGCAUCAUCUCCCAUACAUCACGUUCUUUCGACAUCCAUUCGUUGCUGGACUUCACGUCGUCGUUAGAGAAUGACGGCCAUCUGAACAGCAUAUUCACCUCGACACUCCACAACUCCACCAGUCCUGACAGCACCGUGUACGGAAAAAUGUCUUCGGAUUCAGCUUUCCAGUCUCUUGGAGACGGUUUAGAAUUGGAACAGGAAGAAGAUGUGGCACAGGAUGUCGUCCGGGAAUCGGUUAAAUCGAAGGGCAAGCUAGAGCCCUCUAAAUUGGAAUUGCAGAUGAAGGCGAUCGCCGAGGAAGCCAAGAAAAUGAGAUUGGGCAAAGGUAAUGCUGGUAUUGAAAGAUACAGAACCAGGAAAACUGGGACUACCGAGAGAUUGCCCGCUCGUUUUUCAACUCAGCCAGUGACUUUCGAAGAGGUCCAAGAGGCUUCCAGGAUCAACAAGGGUUCAGAUGAGGAUCCGGAUGGAAACGAAGAAGAUCCCUGCAGCCUAAGCUUAGUGGAAAGAAUAAAAAUGUUCGAUACCGUAGUGGUCGAAACCAAAAAUAAUGUCACGCCUAGGGCGAGCGUGCGCAAGUCGCCGAAUCGCUAUUCGCUCGAUUCCGCAACCGCUAACGCUGCCGCAGCGGCACGGCAACUUUUCCUCAACGCAACUGUGGCUUUAGACGACAGCGAAACCACCAAAUCGUCAGAAAGGAAGAGCAUCCUGAAGACAGCCAUCGAGUCGUCCGUCCGACGCACCGUCGUCAGUUCCGGCGCGCCGAAAUCCGCCCUCAAGAGACGUGAUGUGAACGUUUCGCCCGGCAGGCGCUCCAUCCUCAAGACGGAGGUGUCGCCCGACAAAGACGACGAGGGCAUCUCGUGCAACGACUCGGAUUCCGAUUCGGACGCGUCGCCGCACGCCCAGUUCGGCUCCAAAGAGGAGGAGCGCGGUAGGAAGGAAGAAGACGACGAAAAGGCGACGACCGGCAGGUAUGGGAAGUUCAACGGGGACAGCACCUCCGAGGGGGAGUCCUCGGGGGGCAGGGAGAUCAGGAGCAUCUUCAAGAACGACAACAGGCUGCGGGUCAUGCAAACCCUGGAGAACGUACUAUCGAAGAGCAAGAGCCAAGGCGCUUUCGGUAAUGAGACCUCGGAGUCGUUGCCCAAGAAGACGGUCAACAUACGACGUUCCCAUACCCAAAACGAGAUGCCUCGGUCCAUAGCCGAUCUGAGGGCGAAGCUGCAGGAGCGAGGGGAGUCCGAAUGGAGGAAGAGGAUACCCCAGAGCAACAACGCCACCGACGAACUUAAGUUGUUGAAGGAGAAAAAUAGAUACAACGUGAGUAAAUUUGUUAUCUGA